CGGCCCCAUGAAGGAACCGGACGCCAUCAAACUCUUCGUGGGGCAGAUCCCGCGGCACCUGGAGGAGAAGGACCUGAAACCCAUUUUCGAGCAGUUCGGGAAGAUCUACGAGCUCACCGUCAUCAAGGACAAGUACACCGGCAUGCACAAAGGAUGCGCCUUCCUGACCUACUGCGCCCGCGAGUCGGCCCUGAAGGCCCAGAGCGCCCUGCACGAGCAGAAAACGCUGCCGGGGAUGAACCGGCCCAUCCAGGUGAAGCCGGCGGACAGUGAGAGCCGAGGAGAGGACCGCAAGCUGUUCGUGGGGAUGCUGAGCAAGCAACAGGCGGACGAGGACGUGCGGAAGAUGUUUGAGCCCUUCGGCACCAUCGACGAGUGCACCGUGCUGCGCGGCCCCGACGGCACCAGCAAAGGCUGUGCCUUCGUCAAGUUCCAGAGCCACGCAGAGGCCCAGGCCGCCAUCGCCGCCCUGCACGGGAGCCGCACACUGCCGGGCGCCUCCUCCAGCCUGGUGGUGAAGUUUGCGGACACGGAGAAGGAGCGGGGGCUGCGGCGGAUGCAGCAGGUGGCGACCCAGCUCGGCAUGUUCAGCCCCAUCGCCCUCCAGUUCGGAGCCUACAGCGCCUACACGCAGGCGCUGAUGCAGCAGCAGGCGGCCCUGGUGGCCGCGCACUCGGCCUACCUCAGCCCCAUGGCCACCAUGGCCGUGCAGAUGCAGCACAUGGGCACCGUCAGCCCCAACGGGCUCAUCGCCACCCCCCUGCCACCCUCCUCAGGAACCAGCACGCCCCCGGCCAUGGCGGCCACCCCGGUCCCGGCCAUCGCGGCCCCGCUCGGUGUUAACGGUUACAGUCCGGUGCCCGCGCAGCCCGCGGGGCCCCCCGCGCCCGACGCCGUCUAUGCCGGGGGGGUCCCGCCCUUCCCAGCCCAGAGCCCCGCGACCCCCGGGGACCCCCUGCAGCAGGCGUACGCGGGCAUGCAGCACUACACUGCCGCGUACCCGGCCGCCUACGGGCUGGUGAGCCCCGCCUUCGCCCCCCCGGGACCCCUGCUCGCCCCCCCGCCCCCCCCGCAGCAGCAGCAGCGCGAAGGCCCCGAGGGCUGUAACAUCUUCAUCUACCACCUGCCCCAGGAGUUCGCCGACACCGAGAUCCUGCAGAUGUUCCUCCCCUUCGGCAACGUCAUCUCCGCCAAGGUCUUCGUGGACAGGGCCACCAACCAGAGCAAGUGCUUCGGCUUCGUGAGCUUUGACAACCCCGCGAGCGCCCAGGCCGCCAUCCAGGCCAUGAACGGCUUCCAGAUCGGCAUGAAGCGCCUCAAGGUGCAGCUCAAGAGGCCCAAAGACGCCAACCGGCCCUACUGAGCCCGGUCCGGAGGCGCCGGAGCAGCACCUUUGGGUGCCCCCCCUCGCAGAGCAGCCCCCCCAAACCCAGCGAUGCCCGGGGGGGGUGGGGGGCUCUGUCCUGCUGGGGGGGCCCCCAGACCCCCCCACGCUCAGGAAGGAUGGACCCCCCCCCAGACCCCAUCCGACCCCCCCAGUCCAUCCCAGUCCAUCCCAGUCCAUCCCAGUCCAGCCCAGUGCCCCCCCAGCAGCCGCAUCCCCACUCCGUUUUUGGGGGGUCGUGCCCACCCUGGGGGCCCCCCAAAAGGACCCCACCCCCCCCCCCCAGGGACCCUUCUUGGGGCUUUUCUCACCAAACAGGACCAAAAGCAGCUCCAAACUGGGGGGGGUCUCUGGGGGUCACGGGGGUCCCGGGGGCCUUUUGGGGGGGUCCCAAAGGGGGAACUCGGCCCCCCCCCCAAUUCCCGCCCGGGGGCGCAGCGGGACCCCAACACUGCCACUGCCACCCGCUCCGCCCACUGCCUGCCUCAGUUUCCCUGCGGGAUGGGCCGGGAUGGGACUGGGAUGGACUGGGAUAAA